GUCCCGGGUGGGCUGCCUGUGACCCCAUCCCGGAGCUCGCCCGCCCGCCCCGAGAGCGCCCGGCGGCAGCCGCUGCUGCACCGCUCCAAGUCGGACCUGAGCGAUCGCCUCUCGCGGGCCACCGCCGACCUGGAGCGCUUCUUCAACUACUGCGGCCUUGACCCGGAGGAGAUGCAGGACAUGGGGGCUGAGCGCUUCGCCCGUGCCAGCUCUGACAUCGUGUCCCUCAAGUUCCACAGCGUGAGCACGGCCAGCUCGGAGGGCGGCCGCUCGCCGCCCAGCGCUGCCACGCCGGAGGGACGGCCGGCAGAGCGUGUGCCCUACGGCAUCUCCAUCAUCGAGCGCAACGCCCGUGUCAUCAAGUGGCUCUACGGGCUGCGCCAGGCCAGGGAGCCCCAGAAGGUCUCUGAUGUGUAGUGGUGCCGUGGUGGGCACCGGGGAUGGGUUGCUCAAAAGCAGGCAAUGCUGGAUGGGGACAAAGCACAGGCUGUGCCCUGGGAGGAGCAGGGACCUCUUGAUGGUGACAGGACCUUUGAACUUAGCCCUGCUGUACUACAGCAUCACUGGCCUGAUGUGAUGGCCAGGGAUCCAUUGUCAGACCCCUGUGCCAGCACUGGAGGGCCAGGUCCCAUGCAGUUCCCAUGUGGGAAGGCAGAGGACUCAUGACCCUGGGUGUGUGGCUGGUCCUCAACACCCACAAGGCCUCAUGUGUGGCUGUCCUGCCUGUGCUGCUGGCAGCUCCUGCCUGUCCUGCUCCUCACCAGCACCCCUGGGUGGGGUGCAAGGGGCUGGUUCCCCCCUGCACGGAGCAGGGACACUGCACUGGGGAAGGAGCUGCCCCCUUGCAGCCUCCACCGAAGGGGUCCCACUGCCUGUGGUGGUGAUCACAUCCUGGUGGUCCCAUCUUAUUGCUAAAGAAAAGCCUGGUGCUUUGAGGGGUGAGGGGGAAACCUGACCCCCUGCUUCAAGUUGCCCAGGGCUGUGUGUCUGUGUGUGUGAGUGUCUGCGGGUGCCUGUGUUCCCCUCCCCGGCUGCCAGUGGGCACAAAGCCCCCACCAUGCUGGGCCUGGUAUUUAUGAAGACAACAGUUCCUCUUUUCUACUCUUUUCCUUAUGUUUGAUCUGUAAAUAAUAAUAAUUAUAAUGCAGCCAGUUUUAUUAAAUGCCUGUGUUUUGGAGGCUGUG